AUUGUCCCUUUCAUUAUUUAAAGAAGCAACCAAGAGAGCUUCAAAGCAAGGUCGGUGGCCUUUUGUGAGUGUCUAGAGUGGAAAGAGAGAGAAACAAAGGGAAUGGGUGCCAAAGCUCUUUUCUUCUUUGCUUUAUUAUCCUUCUUAGCUGUGUCUCUCAGGCCAGCUUUUGCAGAAGAUGAGGAAGAUCCAGGUCUUAUUAUGAAUUUUUACAGGGACACAUGCCCUCAAGCUGAAGACAUUAUCAGGGAACAAGUUAAGCUUCUGUACAAGAGACACAAGAACACUGCAUUUUCAUGGCUCAGAAACAUCUUUCAUGACUGUGCUGUUCAGUCAUGCGAUGCUUCACUGCUGCUGGACUCAACCAGAAGGACCUUGUCUGAGAAGGAGACAGACAGAAGCUUUGGCCUAAGGAACUUUAGGUACCUUGACACGAUCAAAGAAGCUGUAGAGAGGGAAUGUCCUGGAGUUGUUUCCUGUGCAGACAUCCUUGUGCUGUCUGCUAGAGAUGGCAUUGUUGCGCUAGGAGGCCCUCACAUCCCUCUUAAAACUGGAAGAAGAGAUGGCAGGAAGAGCAGAGCAGAUGUGAUCGAACAGUACCUCCCAGACCAUAAUGAGAGCAUCACUGUUGUUCUUGAGAGGUUUGCUGCCAUAGGCAUUGACACCCCUGGCGGGGUUGCCUUACUAGGAGCUCACAGUGUGGGCAGAACACACUGUGUGAAGCUGGUGCACCGUCUCUACCCCGAGGUUGAUCCUGUACUAAACCCUGACCAUGUUGAGCACAUGCUCCACAAGUGCCCAGACUCCAUCCCAGACCCUAAGGCCGUGCAAUACGUGAGAAAUGACCGUGGCACACCCAUGAUACUAGACAACAACUACUACAGAAAUAUAUUGGAUAACAAAGGCUUAUUGAUAGUGGAUCACCAGCUAGCCACAGACAAGAGGACAAAGCCUUACGUGAAGAAAAUGGCCAAGAGCCAGGACUACUUCUUUAAGGAAUUUGCUAGGGCUAUCACCAUUCUGUCUGAGAACAACCCACUCACUGGAACCAAAGGUGAGAUCAGAAAGCAGUGCAAUGUCGCUAACAAGCUCCACUAGAAGAUUUAGUUACUUUUCUAGCUCAACUUUUCUUCUUUAUUUAUGAGGAAGAAGAGUAAGAAUUGAAGAAUAAGAUGGCUUUUCUAGAUGGGUUUGGCACUUGCUAGUGCUAGCUAGUGAGUGGAGACCAUGCUGAUUACUUUGAACUGUUAGCCUAGCUAGGUUUGCUUCUCUUCCUGUAGAUAUUAGUGUUGUUGAUGGGCAUGGGCAUGGAUGUAUGUAUCUGUAUGGAUGGAUAGUGUAUGAUGCAUGGACCAUAAUGAGGAUAAGUACUUCUUUUCAUGAUA